CUGAGCUACACAGCCGGGAGAGCAGUCGUGGAGGUGGCAGGAGGCUUCCUAGCAUGGCCGGACUAGUGUCAUAGCACCAGGGAUUGCAGUGUCUGAUUUCAUCAGGUUAUAACUACAGAAGUGUCCCUUCUGCUGUGAAGACAUUUAGGAUCAUUUGGCCUGUGUUCCUGUCUCCUUAUCCCGGCCACCCCGCCCCGUCCUGCCAAGUGAAGUAGGAAAGUUGACGUGCAUGCCUGCAAGCAACUGCAGGUGGAAUGACUGGAGACGUCACUCUUCUUCACCUGUUACACAAGUUGCUGAGAAAACUUACCAGACAGGUUUCUACCACUGCGAAGGAUAAGCAGGGGAGAGUAAAUAAAGGAGGCAGCUGAGGAGCGAGGACGGAAUAAUGGCAAGUACUGUACUCCCUCCCUUCCCCUAUGAAUAGUACAUUCCCGGAACUUUUUCAGUGUCUGAAAGUUGGAUCUCGUGGAGGAGACUAGGAGACAGAGACUGGAAUGGAUAUUGUUUGGGCUGUCCUGCAUUGUUCCUGUAUGAUGUGCUAAAACCAUGUCUUCACAGUUAACUGAGAAGGAAAAUGGGGACGAGUCCAUCUAUGAUGAAUUAUGCAUAGAUGAUGAGAGUGAUAUGUUUGUUAACACUCAUCCUGACUCUGGGUUGACACAAAACUUAAAUUUAUGGCCUAUCGCGUACCCGGUUGUCUGGCCACUUCCAUCUUCUGAAGGUUGCGAGGCACAGGCGCUUCCUAAUGAGAACUCAAGUGGAAAAGGUAGCACUGAUGGUGCCAGCUGUAAUUGUGGCCUGGAAGCACGCAGCCGCACUUCAUCCCUGGUGAACGGUUUACUUACAGAACUCUACGACACUUAUCGGAAUGGAUCUGGGUCUGGUCUUGGCUUGUAUCAUGACAGCGUGGACAGCUCGACAGAGGCGUCCGGGUCCGAUGCCUUUCUGAGCAGGAGUAACCCUGAGUCUGGAUUCUUGCUGGAGCUUUCCCAGAGACAGAGCCGCAGGCAUCAGAUACUGUUCCUCAGGCAGAAAGAUUGCAAUGAAUUGAAAGCCGUAAGAGAAGAACUUAAGCAUCGCAUUAGAGUUCAGUCUGCCAAGCUGCUCCGCCAGCUGAAGCAGAAGGAUAGACUUCAGCACAAAGUACAGAAGAACUGCGACAUUGUCACGGCAUGCCUGCAGGCAGUCUCCCAGAAACGUCGUGUGGACACCAAGCUGAAAUUUACCCUGGAGCCUUCACUGGGCCAGCAUGGCUUUCAACAGUGGUAUGAUGCUCUCAAAGCUGUUGCAAGGUUACCCACUGGAAUACCAAAAGAGUGGCGGAGGAGAGUAUGGUUGACACUUGCAGACCAAUACCUUCACAGUAUUUCUAUAGACUGGGAGAAAACAAUGCGCUUUACAUUCAAUGAAAGGAGCAAUCCUGAUGAUGACUCAAUGGGCAUACAGAUUGUCAAGGAUCUCCAUAGAACAGGUUGCAGCUCCUAUUGUGGACAGGAAGCAGAACAGGAUAGAGUGGUACUUAAACGUGUGCUUCUGGCUUAUGCUAGAUGGAACAAGACUGUAGGCUACUGCCAAGGAUUUAAUAUUUUGGCUGCUCUUAUACUGGAAGUGAUGGAGGGCAAUGAGGGUGAUGCACUUAAGAUAAUGAUUUAUCUCAUUGACAAAGUGCUGCCAGACAGUUACUUUGUCAAUAACCUGCGGGCUCUGUCAGUGGAUAUGGCUGUGUUUCGGGAUCUCGUGAGAAUGAAGCUGCCGGAUCUAUCUCAUCAUUUGGAUGUACUUCAGAGAACCGCAAAUCGAGAAAGUGGAGGUGGAUAUGAGCCCCCUCUUACAAACGUGUUUACCAUGCAGUGGUUCUUGACUCUCUUUGCAACCUGUCUUCCAAACCACACUGUUCUUAAAAUCUGGGAUUCCGUGUUCUUUGAGGGAUCUGAGAUCAUCCUACGAGUAGCACUGGCCAUUUGGGCAAAGCUUGGAGAGCAAAUUGAGUGUUGCCAAAAUGCGGAUGAAUUCUAUAGUACAAUGGGGAGAUUGACCCAGGAGAUGCUUGAAGACAACCUGAUAGACAGCAAUGAACUGAUGCAGACGGUGUACUCGAUGGCUACUUUCCCAUUUCCACAACUAGCCGAGCUGAGGGAGAAGUAUACAUAUAAUAUCACACCUUUCCCAGCACCAGUCAAGUCUGCUUCAUUUUCUGGGCUCCCAAGUAAGAUGCAAGACAGUGAUGAAGAAAAUGACAUUGAUGAUGAUGACCUAAAUGCCAAUGCUGUUGGGUGUCUUGGCCCAUUUAGUGGAUUUUUGACUCCAGAACUGCAGAAGUAUCAAAGGCAGAUUAGAGAUCAAAAAGAAGACCAAAGUUUCAAAUUUGGCAACAUUGCAGAACUUAGCCCGGGAGCAAUUGAUUCAUGUCGAGGAGAAUAUCAUGCUGUUUUUAAUAGUAUGAUGAUGGAGCGUAUGACAACUGAUAUCAAUGCCCUAAAGCAGCAGUACUCCAGAAUUAAAAAGAGGCAGCUGCAGCAAGUCCAUCAGGUUUACAUUCGAGCAGGACUCGAAGAAGAAAAGAUCCCUUCUGAUCCUAGGGAUCAACUUAAUAAUGAUAAAGGACCUGCGAGCAGCAUACUGCCAUCUCAAGUUAAUCAUUCCCCAGUAAUAAACCAUCUGUUACUCGGCAAGAAGUUAAAGCAAGUAAACAAAGCUGCUAAAAAUACAGCCGUCCAGUUACCAACCUCUAAGUCCAUGAUCCUACCCAACGAAGAAGCCAAAGCAAAGCUGAAUUCUCCAUGGCGGACCCACAUUCGCGUUCAUAGAAAAAAUAUAGCAAAGGCCAAAGGCUAUGGGGACACAAUUGGCCUGAUAGAAGAGCAAAAUGAAGUUUUCAAAGAUCAGGUUGAUGCAGCCAAAGAACCAGAGGACAUUGAGGACGAUACUUCCACAGUGGAGAGCGGAGACAUAAGCUUAGAUAGGACUGUUAUGAAGGCUGAUGGACAUUCUCCGGAGCCUGUUUUUGAGGAUGAAAAUGCAAAUGUAACUGUUGUGCAGAGCAAGCUGGAGACUUUGGAGCUGAGCACCAGUGAUGAAUCUAAAGACAUGUCUGAGGUGAUCCAGAAUAUUCAAAAAACCCCAUCAAAGUCGCACAGCUCCUCAAGUGAAAGUGGAACUUCAGUAAAAUCACCAAAAGGGCCUGUUUUCAGCCCCUUCCCAUGUGUUAAGCCUCUUAGGAAAUCUACAGCUGCUAGGAAUCUGGGGUUGUAUGGGCCAAAUAAUAGAACCCCAACCGUAAAUUUCCCUCAUAUGAGCAGAAGUUUUAACAAGCCUGCUAAUGGUGCCACUGGCAGCAAAAAACGAUAACAGCACUUUAUUCCCUAUGUAGACUCUUUUUGAUUUCAUUUUCUCUGUCCUUACAUUUUCAUAGCUCUCGUGGAAAAUUUGUCCACAUGUAACAUGUUUCUGUAGAUUUGUGGUUCCACAUAAGAGACUUUGCUUGGGUAUGAAAGAAGAAUUUGGCAGUAAAAGGCUGUAAUUGAGGGGGACUGAUAUGGCAAGAAUAAUUUCUGCGUCAAUUAUGUAUCAUUCUUGCUUUUUUUUUGUCAUUGCUUUUUGGAAUCUUAAUUGUUUGCUGUCACGCUAGAAUUCUUUCUCUGCUAAGUAAGUGUGACUGGCAUAAUAUGAUACAGAAAGCUUAGUCUUGAUGUGCUAUAAAUGGGAAGCCACAGAAAGUCAUUCAUCCAAUUUCAGUGGAACUUUUUUUCAAGACCAAUAUUUAUAUUCUGGAUGUAAAUUACAAAUCUAAUAUAAUUAUUUGUUAUUAUAAGGGAAUAUAUAAAAAAAAUAUUGAACAUUUUGCAGAAUCGUUGCCAAAUGCCAGCAUAUGCAGUGGCCACCUGGUCUAUGCUUCAGACUUGCUUAAUUGACACAAAGGUAAGUUAUUGCAGAGCAACGGAAAUGUGGGAUAUUUAUAUUUUUCCAUCGGGGUGUUGUUGUUUACUAUCAUGUAAUCCUAUUUAAUUAUAUACCUGUCCUGUAUAUUCAGAAAUCAUGUACAUGGCUUAGGUUUGAGUAGUGCGGCAGGAUGGUUAGGAAGCUUGCUUACCCGCAUUGUGGCCUGAGAAAUGUCCUUGUCAGAAAGUGAAGAACCAGUUUUCAUGUGAACGCCUCAUUUCUGCAUGCUUUAAUUUGCAUCCUGUGUUGGCUUGUUCUUCACAUGUGUUAUUAGAAAGAGGUGGUUCUUUCUAGAAGACAGUUAAGAUGUUCUUGCAAAUCUUAGUCUCUGUUCCCAUAGGAAAAAGUCUCACUGAUGUGGUAACUUUACUUUUUGACUUUGUAAAAUGUCUAGCUACUUGUAAUGCUGAUUCCCAAAUAUUACUUGUUCAUAUUUGAAGUGCCAAAUGCAUGGUUCUCUAGAAAGGCAAAACUGCAAGGUGGAAUCUAGAUAUGUGCUAUGUGUUGUCUCCUUUCCUUCUUUUCAGUAAUAAAGUACUAGA